AAGCAGGAAAAGGAAGACAAGACCUCCCGAGACCGACAGCGAUUGAAGAAGAAUCUUGCUGCCAAAUUUUAAUCUGAAAAAAUCAACGCGAAGGAAGUAUGGAGGAUGAUGAACUUCCGUCAGAGGAUGGGAUGGGUGGGCAUGGCUCUCUACCUGCUGCUCAGCAUCUUGGCGACAUACUACAUCUUUGAAGUUCACAGUUUCAGUUUGGAGCCUGUGCAGAGAGGUGAUAUCAGCCCGUCGGCUCUACCCCCUGCUGUCACUGCACGUCUGCCAUUACUACCUGUGUGGAUGUUGGUGUCAGUCUUCCUGCUGCCAUACCUGCAGCUCUUCCUCUUCCUGUUCUCAUGUACUAGGGCCGACCCCCGAGCUGUUGGCUACUGCAUCCUUCCUGUCUGCAUUGCCCUGCUGUACAGCCGGCGCCACGCUGCCAAAGGGUUGGAUCGCAAAGCCGGGUCGCUGAUCGACACAUAAAGGACAGGCAAUCAGAGGGCCUUGUUGACAGAACAACAGGACCCCAGCACAAGUCUGUAACAAACAUGUUUGUCUUGAUGUUUGUGGUGUCACUUCCUGUGUGCCUUUCAAUAAUUUCAUUAACACUCCAAUGGAUUUAAACAUUCAACUUUGUCUAUCAGGAGCUGUGCUCAACACUGACUACCAGGACCAUCAGCACUUCCCCUCAGUGCGGACUAUCAUGAUUGUCAUUUUUUCGAACUGUCCAUGAUGUAAACCUUACAGCCUGUAGUGGCCAGUCAUUUUGUGUUUUUUUUAUUAUUGUGAUAUUAGAGAGGAUCCUGUGCUGUGAUUGGUUGCCUUCUGUUCCAUUUCUGUUUUCAUAGCUUUUGUUUCAUUAGCUAGCUGGAAAUGUAAGUAUCAGAACCAAUAUCAUGCUUACCUGCAGUUACAAAAAAGAAUGAAACUGCUUUUCUCACAGCUGCCACCCUAACAAAGAGCAGGAUUCUCUGAUUGUGGCACUUUUCUGUAUUUAAUAACUUGAGUAACAUGACACACUGGUUAUGAAAACUUUAAUACAUUAAUAAAAAGGGGGGUGGGGAAGAAGCACAA